CGCAAUUUCGCAUCAAUGGCUUCGUCCUCUUCUUCCUCAUCCUCCCUCGCUCCCCUCUCUCUCUCCCCGCUUCACCUCCCCACCUCCUCCAAAACCCGACCUUUCCCUCCCCAAACCCUAAUUCUCCCCUCAGUAAGACCCCCCCAUCGCUCUCGCGUCAAAGCCCUAAGAGAAUGGCGCGAGUACGAGGACGCCGUGCGGGACAAGGACCUCGCCCGCGCCCUCCGCUUCCUCAAAACCCUAGAAGUUCCAAUGGCUUCGCCGGUCGAUUCGGUCUCGUACUCUCCGGGGUGGGCGAGGCCGGAGAGGGAUUGGGAGGUGUUGGAUACGUGCUUAAACGCUGACGACAUGAGGCUCGUCGGGAGCGCGUACCAGUUCCUACAGGAUCGAGGGUUAUUGCCUAAUUUUGGAAAAUGCAAGAGUAUUGUCCUAGAGGGGCCACGGGAUGUGACGCCGACAAUGUUAAAAGAGGCAACUGGUUUGGAAGCUUCUAAGCUUGCACCGAAGAAAUGGGGCCUUUCAGGGAGCUCUAGGAUAGCCUUACUUGCUUUUCUUGGAGGUGUAUCGUUUCUACUUUCUCAGGGAAUCGACUUACGACCCAAUUUGGCUGUCGUAUUGGCAUUAGCGACAGCCGAUGCGAUUUUUCUAGGUGGCAGUUGUCUUGCUCAAGUAUUAUGUUUCUGGCCUCCGUAUAAGCGCCGUGUUCUUGUUCAUGAAGCGGGACAUCUUCUUACUGCUUAUCUAAUGGGUUGUCCAAUACGGGGAGUGAUUUUAGACCCAUUUGUGGCAUUGCAGAUGGGCAUUCAAGGCCAGGCGGGGACUCAAUUUUGGGAUGAGAAGAUGGAAAAUGAGCUUGCUGAGGGUCGUUUAAGCAGUACUGCUUUCGACAGGUACUGUAUGAUACUUUUUGCUGGAAUCGCUGCGGAAGCACUUGUUUAUGGGGAGGCAGAAGGUGGUGAAAAUGAUGAAAAUAUGUUCAGAAGCUUAUGCGUGCUGCUGAGACCUCCUCUGACUGUUUCACAGAUGUCGAACCGAGCACGGUGGUCGGUGCUUCAAUCAUACAAUCUUCUCAAGUGGCACAAGAAUGCACACAGAGCGGCGGUGAAAGCUUUAGAGAGUGGGCACAGCCUCAGUGUAGUCAUCAGGAGGAUUGAAGAAGCCAUCUCCUCAUCUAGAUAGAUGAUAACUGUAAUAAGAGAGUACUUACCAAUUCUCAGAUUGCGCCACAUUCGACACUUCCUACUACAUUUCAGCAACUUCUUGCAUUGAAAGCGUGGUGGCUUCAAAAGUUGGAUGAUGGGUUGCCUAUGAAGAUUAAAAGGGUUCGGCGUAGCACGGAGAUGAUUAAAGCGAGGUGUGGAUUGAGUUUAUUGUGGCUUUUUCGUUUGCGACAGGAAUAAGAGAAAAAGAAAAAUGAGAUAUGUUGCAUUGCAGUAUGUCGAUAUCAGAUGUAUGUCCAAAAUUCCCAGAAUGGUACAUGAUACACAUAUAGGGUUAAUUACAGGAGAGUGUUUUUGUCCAAGUCUCUGAUAAAGGGAGCUUUUGUUAAUUCUGUUUCAGGGUGUAACACUUGUGAAUAAAGUUAUGCUUUGUAGAUAAAGCUCUGUGCUGUUCUAUCA